AGCAACAACGGACGGGCAGAGGAGCCAGGGGGGUGCUUCUCGCUCCGUGGGAGGAAGGGACGAUAUACGUUCCCUGUCCAGCAGCAAAAGGCGAUGGAUCCCUCCUUCUAGCUUGAGACGAGAUGCACUUACCCCAGACAACAAAUAUGACCUUACAUUUAGAAAGGUAGGAGGUUUUGUUGUGACCCCAGACAACAAAUAUGACCUUCCAUUUAGAAAGGUACGAGGAGUUCUUAACAAACUCACCCCUGAGAAGUUCCAUAAGCUAAGUAACGACAUCCUAAAUGUAGGGCUUGAUUCGACUACAAUUCUCAAAGGGGUCAUUUUACUGAUCUUUGAGAAGGCCCUUGAUGAACCCAAGUACUGUUCUAUGUAUGCACAGCUGUGCAAACGGCUGUCAGAAGAAGCUCCAAAUUUUGAUCCACCUGACGGACCUUGUACAUUUAAUCGUCUUCUUUUAAGCAAGUGCCAGGAUGAAUUUGAAAGGAGGCGCAGAGCCUCUGAGGCUUGGGAUAUAUCGGAGGGAGCAGUACUUUCCCCAGAACAGGAGGAGGAGCGGGCAGCAGCCAGGCGCAAAAUGGUGGGCAACCUCCGCUUCAUUGGUGAACUUGGAAAGCUGGAGAUCAUCCAGGAGAAUAUUCUCCAUCGGUGUAUUCAGCAGUUGCUGGAGAAGCGUAGGCGUCGACAAGUGGUUGACUUGGCUGAGGAUUUGGAGUGUUUGUGCCAGAUAAUGAAGACCUGUGGUAAGGUGCUGGACAAGCCCAUGGCUAAGAACUUGAUGGACCAGUACUUUGAGCGCAUGUACCAGCUAAGUAGCAAUCCGGAGCUAUUCUCAAGAAUUCGCUUCAUGCUGCAAGAUGUGUUGGAUUUGCGUGCUGCUAACUGGGUCCCUCGAAAGGUUGCUCAGGUGGAUGGCCCUCGUACAAUUCGCCAGGUGCGUGAAGAGGCGGCUCAUGACCUGGGUGUGUAUAUCCCCCCACCAUCGUCACAUGGACCUCCCCGCUCUUCUGGUCCUAUAUCUCCUCUUGCUGGUGUUCCAUCUUUCUUCCCACAGUCGGGAGGUAACCGGACUGGCUUGGAGGAUAUGUUUAUGGGUGCAGUAACUCUAGGCACUGGUCCUGGAGUAAUCUCUUCUCAACCGGAAAAGUAUGGAUACGACACCAAUGGAAGUUACCGACCACGCCAACAGCAAGGGAGUUUCAACCAGAAUAAGCAUUUCAACAACCAGAACUUCAAUAGACAGCAGCAGAACAACCAGUAUAAUCAACAACAAAAUUACAGCAAUAUUGCAAACAAGGACUUGCCCCCACGAUUCAAGAAGAUCUUCAGUCAGAACAGCAGUGGAGGUACCGGUGGCUCAGAUGGUGAGGUUUCUUUGCGUCCUGCUGCAAAUAGCAUGUUGCUUAAGCCCAAGACUCCAGGAGUACUGCCUCAGAGUGCUCUAGGACAACAGCAAACUGGUGACCACAACCGCACCAGUCUACCACUUGCCCCACAACCACAACCACCAAACCAGAAACCCACUCCCCCUCUCAUCAAGGAUCCACCAAUACUUAUUAGGCAGGCCUCAACAGAUAAACAGCGUGCUAACAAGAAGGACAAGGGCCCGAGUCGUGAGGAGUGGCUUCGACGGGUGAAGAAUGUCUUUGAGGAACUUAUGAAAGAACAAAACAUUGAUGAUGCUGUUGAGAGUUACAGGGGUGUCAAGUUGCCAGAGCGAUAUACUGCUGAAGCAACCCACACUAUCAUCACUUUCCUCCUUAGGCAAGAAGCAGAGAGCAACAGAGAACUAGGAAGCCGCCUGUUAGAACGUCUUGGUGCCGAUAGCCUUAUAAAUGUUGACCGUCUGUUUGAUGGGGUAAAGCAGGUUCUUGGUCAGCUGGACGACCUGGUGACAGAAAUCCCGAGGGUCAAAUCGCAUAUGGCCGGGAUUUUGGGGUAUUUGGUCAGCUCAGGGACACUGUCUUUAGCUGAUGUAGCUGAACCAUUAGAGGGUGGUCAGCAUUUUCCACUUUUCUUAUUGACUCUUCAGACUUUGCACAAACUUCAAGGAAAGUCAACAUUAACCCAGACUUUCAAUGAAAGCAAGGUGAACUUGCUGAACUUAUUGCCUGAGUCAGACCGGACGAAGGAGAAACUUGCUGAUCUUCUGGAAGAUCGUGAGCUCUCCUUCCUUUUCCCCCUAUUACGAAUUCAGUCAGAUUUGUGGCGAGGAUUACUUGCUGACCCAACACCACAUGCUUUUUACAAGUACAUCAAGGACACACUUGAUCCUGAGCACCACACUGCUCCAGGAUUUAUUAAUGCCUUAAUGACUGUCUUGGUGAAAUAUGUUGUACAGGAAACUACUCUUUGUCCCAAUUCAGACCCAACAUCAGUCCCAGAGAAAUUGGUGAUUGAAAGAGAGCAAGAGCUCUUGGCCAAGUUUAAGCAAGUUUUCCAAGCCUUUUUGCAUGAUCAUUUGCCACUGCAAGUGACUGCAAUUUAUGCCCUGCAGGUCUUCACAUAUACACACAACUUUCCCAAGGGUAUGUUGCUGCGAUGGUUUGUGAAUCUUUACGACUUAGAAAUUAUUGAAGAAGAUGCAUUCUUAACAUGGAAAGAAGAUUUAAGUCAGGAUUAUCCUGGCAAAGGCAAAGCACUUUUCCAAGUCAACCAGUGGCUUACUUGGCUGCAAGAAACAGAGGAAGAUGAAGAGGAAGAGGAGGAAGCAUAAAGAAUUUAGAUGUCAAGGAAGGAAAGUUUGAUGAACAAAUCAGAAGUGAAUACAAAGCUGUGGUUUUAAUGGAGAAGAGGAAUUGAAAUGGAUGAGCAUAACACUAUAAAUAUAAAGCACUAAAACAGUAAUAUGCUUGAUAAAUCUGUCCUUGCUUUGAGAGUGCCCUGUUUCUAAUGCUUUGUGGGUUUUGAUUUCAUAGUUUUGAUGGUGUGACAUUAAAGCAGGGAUCUGUCACAGAACUUCUGGGAACAAGCUCUAGCAGUUAUGAUGACGUGGUUUUUAUAAAGGAAUUGGAACGUAUUGAAGCCUGGUUGACAAGUUGAAAAAUGUGGAAAUACAGAAGUGUUUUGAGUCCAGUGUCAAAGCUGGUAAAAAUAUAAAAAUGUAAUGUGAAAAUUACACAAAAAAAAAAGAAAAAUUAAAAAGUGAAAUGAUGCCUUAGUGUUGUACUGUAUAAACUAUAUUAUACAUAUUAUAUAUAAUCUCUUAUAAUACUUUCUCAAGCUUGAAUGACUUUAAACUGUGUCAACACUGUAUACUGUGUCAACACUAGGUGUUAUUAGCAAUGUAUUUAGUCAGCACUAGGAUAUUUACCAAUAUUUACCUUUUUUAAAAAAAGAAAAACCUUUCCUCUGACUUUUAGGUACUAAAAGAGCUUUAUUUUCACUUUUUAGCCAAACAUUGAACUGUCAUAUUGUGAGUGGAGGUGAUUAUCUCUUUAUUUAUGAGAAAUGAAUGCUGAGAGGUUUGAUUGAAUAUUUUAUACUCAAUAUAAUGCCUGUGAAGUAUCAUUGCAUGCCACAUGAUUUUUUUUAUUUAUUGAUCAAGAAGUAUCACUGUAGGAUUGUUGACUGGUCAAACAUUGGGAUAUAUUGUCUUGACAGAUAAAAGGAAUCCUUUGAUUGAACCAUUUUAUAGACCCCCUUUUUUUUUGUUUACCUUUCCCUAUGUCAUUUAGGUAUAGAAUGACUUGAGAAAAUCAUUCCAUAAUUAGUAGCCUAAAGUUUUGGAUAUCUUUUUCACUACUUUGCUGUUCUAUAUGCGGCUGUAGCACAUUUUGUCGCACUGACCAAUAAUAAACGUCACUAAAAC